AUGGCAUUCACCAAAGUCGCGUUGCUCUCCCUCCUUUCCCUCGUCGCGGCCAGGGACGCGCUCCAAAGCCCCACCGAAAGCCCUGUUCUCGGCGAAGUCACCCCACAGGGCUGCUUCAGUUCCCUCCCCAGCGAAGCUGAUGGACGAUCCGACACCUUCAACAGCUUCGGCUCAUGUGCCGACUACUGUCAAAAACAGAGGAAGACGGUAGCGAUACUCAAGGAUGUGGAGUGCAUUUGCGCUUAUACCUACCCGGCCAAAUCCGCCCUGGUAGACGACGACAAGUGCAACACGCCUUGCCCUGGAUACGCCAAAGACGCCUGUGGUGGAGAAGAUGCCUACAGUGUUUUCAACCUUGGUGUGGACUUGUUACCUGGCAAUGAGGGUGACAAGAGGUCGGGCACAACUGCCGAUACGACUGGUUCGACCAAAACUUCUGUUGUGACGACUGCGACCGAAGUCUCUACCACCAACGCUGAGACGACUCCUGCGCCUACGACUGAGGCCCAAGAGACAACAUCCGCCACCAAGCCUGGAAAGGCUUCUGCGACCGAAGCCACGACGAGCGACAGCACUGCGGUGUCUACGCCCAGCGCAUCUGCAUCAUCAGUCCCCGACAACGCGUCGCGCAGACUCAAUAACCCAAUCGGCAACUUGGUUGGACUGUUGCGACACCUGCUAUAA